GUCAAGCUGGGAGGAUACCGACUGCAUUUUAAAGCAUUAAUUUAAAAACGAAUUAGGGCCGUGUAUCUGAACACAAUUCGUUAGUGCGGUGCAAGAAGUGUUUUGAAAAUGCAAGCCAUAAAAUGUGUGGUGGUCGGCGACGGGGCUGUGGGAAAAACCUGUCUGCUAAUCAGCUACACCACCAAUGCCUUCCCAGGAGAGUACAUCCCCACAGUGUUCGAUAACUACUCUGCCAAUGUGAUGGUGGAUGGAAAGCCCGUCAACUUGGGCUUAUGGGACACAGCAGGACAGGAGGACUAUGACCGUCUUCGACCCCUGUCUUACCCUCAGACGGAUGUCUUUUUAAUAUGCUUCUCCUUGGUGAGCCCAGCCUCCUUUGAAAACGUCCGAGCAAAGUGGUACCCGGAGGUGCGGCAUCACUGCCCCAACACCCCCAUCAUCCUGGUGGGCACCAAGCUGGACCUGCGGGACGACAAGGACACCAUCGAGCGCCUGAGGGACAAGAAGCUCUCACCCAUCACCUACCCACAGGGACUCGCCAUGGCCCGGGAGAUCGGGGCAGUGAAGUACCUGGAGUGCUCUGCGCUGACCCAGCGCGGGCUCAAGACGGUGUUCGACGAGGCCAUCCGCGCCGUGCUGUGCCCGCCGCCCGUGAAGAAGCGCGGCCGCAGGUGCACGCUCUUCUGAGAGCCCCGGCCGCCCGCCCGCCCGGCCGUACCCGCCGCCCACCUCACACCGCCACACAUCUGCCGACCGUCGUCAUGACAAACACCGGUGUGCCACCCCAGAACUACCACUACCACUACCACUACCACCACCCCAAACAACAACAACCACAACAACAGCAGCAUCACCAAGAACAACAACAACAACAACAACAACAACAACAACAACAACAAAAACGCCACCACAGAGUACCAACUCUUAUUGCGGGAUGGGAUUUGUCAGUGUGCAGACACAGUUGUAGUCUUGGUUGGGAGGGGGUAGGCGUGUUUUUUUUAUUUUGUUCUGUUUUGUUCUAUUUUGGUGAACUUGUGCUUGAGAUUGGAGAUAUAUUUUUUUUGUUUCAUUAUUUUUUUUCAAAGCAGUUGCUACAAUGAGUCUUGUGAACACAGAUAAAAGAAGGGAGAGAGAGAGAGAACAAAAAAAGACUGAAAAGAAGAAACCAAUACAUCAGUCUGCUGAGAGUAAGGAAUAUAGUGUCUUGUGGUAUUGGAUGUUUUUUUAAAAUAACUCACAUUCCUGAAAUAAUCUGUUUUUAUAGGGAUAUAUUGGUGAAAAUUGCUGUCUGAAACUGUAGUAGGCCUAGUUAUUUCAGAGAGUGUGUAUCCGUCUGGAAUGCCUAAUUAGAUAUGAGAGCACCCUCUUCCUGAAAGCAGCAAGAGAGUUCUGACUCCAGACUUGAUCCGGCUCGGUUCGGGCCCAAAUAUGGCACAGAUCUGGUGUGGAAAUGCCGGAUAAAUGCCAGAAGUGGGCCAGAAUAGGGCCACAUCUUGUCUUGGAGAAUCAGCUGUUCUCCGGGUUAGCACAUCAGAAUGCAGUAGAGUGUGAAAUUCUGACGCACCACCAUUCCUGUCGCCGCUGUCUUUUUUUUUUUGUCUUUUCAGAAACUGUGAAGCUAUUUCUCGUUUUCCUUGUAUCUGUUUUCCACAUAAUGUGCAUCAGUAGCCUAAAAAAUAGGAGGUUUAUCUUUCACACAGUUAAAUGAGAGUAUGGCUCCACUGAAUCCAGCCACGAGAUUCUGUGAGAGCAAUCCCAAAGGGGAUAUUUUCAGAAUUGCACAAUUUGUCAAUUUUCCAGAAUUUUCCAGAAUCCAUUUUUCCUUGACAAGGACGGAUGAGUUUUAAAAAGCCCUCAUUUUAAUGGCUACAUUGAUUAAAAAUGUAUCGACCAGCAACCUGGUCUUCUUCAAGACUUAAAGGAGAACUCCAGCAAUUUUUUCACAGAGAGCUGUUUCUCGAGGUCACGAGUACUAUUGGUACGAGUAAAAAAAACAAAAAAAAAAACAUCGGUGCUACCUAGCUCACUGCUUCAGCCAGCAGAUUGAGCAGCCAGGCAGCUACAGUGCUACACUUUGGGGGCAUUUUUAAAAUCAUGUCUCGUUUUUUUUUGUCGUACGAACAGUAGUCGAUGACCUCAAGAAACGGCAGUUUGUCCUCUCCUGUUGGCAACGUGUGAUAAGUGACCGCCGUGACACGAGCUCGUCACCUGGUGCUUCGCUCUGUAGUGUCCUCUGACGGACACACUCUGACCUCCCGACGUAUUUAAAUAGUGUUUGCAUGGAUUGUCCAGCAACGUCAUCAUGAAGUGUGUGUGUGUGUGUGUGUGUGUGUGUGUGUGUGUGUGUGUGCACGUGUGUGAGAAUAUUUUUAUGUGCGUGUAUGUUGUGUGUGAAUAUGAGUGCAUGUCUGUGUAUGGGUAUGUGUGUGUGGGUGUGUGUGUAUGUAUGUAUAUUUGUGAUAUGUUUUUGUAUGAAUGCAAUGCAUGUGUGUGUUUGUAAAAUGUUAUUAAUAUGAGUGUGAGUGCAUGUAAGUUUGUGUGUGUGUGUGUGUGAGAGAGAGAGAUUGUUACAUGGUGUUUUGAAUCACCCUUGCUACCACAGUAUGUUGUAUAGGUGCCAUGACAUGACAUUUGAUAAUUACACUUAAUGUAACUUUGUAAAUAUAUCUUCAAAUAAAAAAUC